AUGAACACAGACGGGCUGGAUGGAGCCGCGAGCGCGCUCCCGUACGUCGCCGAGGCGCGCGCCUGGCUUGCCCCCGCGCCUGCGCCACGCGCCGCCCACCCGCCGCGCUCAAACCGCGCCUCUUCAAGCCCUCCCGCGGCCAAGCCGAGCAGCAGCACUGCGGCUGUACAGAAGCAGCGGCGCAUCGCAGCGAAUGCGCGCGAGCGGCGGCGCAUGCACGGCCUCAAUCACGCCUUCGACGAGUUGCGCAGCGUCAUCCCGGCGCUGGACAACGACAAGAAGCUCUCUAAGUACGAGACUCUGCAGAUGGCGCAGAUCUACAUCAGUGCGCUCGCGGACCUGUUGCACGCGCCCGGCGCAUCGCCGGUACCUCCGUCGGCGCUUAGGCGCGAGGACGAGGCGCGCGCAGGCCGCAGCGACGGAGAGCUGUCCCCGCGCUCCCACUUCAGCGACUCUGAUGAAGCUCACGCCGAACUGCCCAGCGAGGACGAGCUCAGUGAGCUGAGGGCGCUCGGGCACGGAGCUUUCUGA